AUAUAAAGGGCGAAACACCAGUGCUGGCGAUUUAGGGCGUAACAGAAGAAACAAGCCGUAGAAGAGGGCUCUCGUUUGUGGAGCGGAUAAUCCUACUUUCAAUCGCUUGGGAGAUUACUGAUUUUGUUUGCAUCUGUAAAAUCGGAUAACUGUCUUGGCUGCGCAGAUGGAUCGGUACCACAGAGUUGAGAAGCCAAGGGCUGAGACUCCAAUUGACGAGAAUGAGAUUCGGAUUACAAGCCAGGGAAGGAUGCGCAACUAUAUCACAUAUGCCAUGACCCUACUUCAGGAAAAGGGUUCCAAUGAAAUUGUUUUCAAGGCUAUGGGAAGGGCUAUAAACAAGACUGUGACCAUCGUGGAACUAAUCAAGAGGCGAAUUGUAGGUCUUCAUCAGAAUACCUCAAUUGGCUCCACAGACAUCACUGAUACAUGGGAGCCCUUGGAGGAAGGCCUUCUUCCAUUGGAAACAACAAGGCAUGUCUCGAUGAUUGUGAUAACACUUUCAAAGAAAGAAUUAAAUACAUCUUCUGUGGGGUACCAGCCUCCGCUUCCUGCUGAGCUGGUGAAAACAUAUGUGGAGUACGACUACGAGGGAGAAGGUUCACCUCAUGAUCUGGGUCCAGGACGAGGUAGAGAACGGGGCCGUAAUGGCAGAGGAAGAGCCCGGGGUAGAGGACCCCCAGGCAAUGGCUAUGUGACAAAUGAAUAUGAUGAUGGAGAUUGGGACCGUAAUAGGGGCGGAAAUGUAAGAGGGAGGGGUCGAGGGAGGAGUGGUGGUAAUUUCCGUGGCCGUGGAAGAGGAGGAUACAACGGUCCUCAGUAUGAUUUACAGCAAGAUGGAGGAUACAACCAAGACUUACCAGCUCAAGGCCGUGGGCGUGGACGUGGAAGGGGGGGUUUUCGUGGAAGGGGCCGUGGUUUCAGGACUAGUGGAGGACCGAUCCAAGCUGCCGCAUGAAGUGGUUAAAGGUUAAAAUCUUAAUUAUAUGCAAUAUUAUCAUUAGGAUCCUCUCUUCCUUUAGUUGCUAGUUGCAAGGGACGACCAUAUUAACAGAGUAGGGAUUUGACUUCUUUUAUUUUUGCCCUUUGGAGGUGGUAGUUAGAUGGAAGAAGUGUUUGAAAGAGCCGCCAUGUGAGGGUGGCGACUCGUUUUCUUGUAGACUUAGGUGAGCGGCUGCUUUGACGUUUGUAUUUUAGUAUUUUUUAAAAAAGAAACUCUUGGCCACA